CCGGCCCGGCUGGGAGCAUCCGACGGGUAGAGAGCAUCGGCCCGGCGGCGGCCAUGGCCUCGGCGGCUGUGGAGAGCUUCGUGACCAAGCAGUUGGAACUGCUGGCGCUCGAGAGAGACGCGGAGGUCGAGGAGCGCAGGUCCUGGCAGGAAAGCGUCUCCCUGAAGGAGCUCCAGAGCCGAGGUGUUUGUCUGCUGAAGCUCCAGGUAUCCAACCAGCGGACUGGGCUGUACGGGAAGCUGCUGGCCACCUUCGAGCCCAGGAGGUGCGGGUCUGCUGCAGUGCUGCCCAGCAACAGCUUCACUUCCGGCGAUAUCGUGGGGCUGUAUGACGGCGCUAACGAAGGCAGUCCGCUGGCCACGGGGAUCCUGACGCGGGUCACCCAGACAUCGGCCACGGUGGCCUUUGACGAGUCGCAGCAUUUCCAGUUGAGCUUGGAGCGAGAGAAUUCCUACAGACUACUCAAACUUGCCAACGACGUCACCUACCAGCGACUGAAAAAAGCUCUGCUUGCCCUCAAGAAGUACCGUUCUGGCCCCGCGUCCUCCCUCGUAGACGUCCUCUUCGGCGGCUCAGACCCUAGUCCCGCUGCUGACACACCACCGCCAACCUUCUACAACCCCUCCUUGGACGCCUCCCAGAAAGAAGCGGUUUCGUUCGCACUGGCCCAGAAAGAGCUCGCCAUCAUCCAUGGGCCUCCUGGCACCGGGAAGACCACGACUGUGGUGGAGAUAAUCCUUCAGGCUGUGAAGCAGGGCUCAAAGGUCUUGUGCUGUGCUCCCUCGAACAUCGCAGUGGACAACCUGGUGGAGCGCCUGGCCCACUGUGAGCAGAGGGUUCUGCGCCUGGGACACCCAGCCCGCCUGCUGGAGUCCAUUCAGCAGCACUCCCUGGACGCGGUCUUGGCGCGGAGUGACAGCGCCCAGAUCGUCGCAGACAUCAGGAAGGAAAUCGACCAGGUCUUUGUGAAAAACAAAAAGACCCAGGAUAAGAGAGAGAAGGGUAAUUUUCGAAAUGAGCUGAAGCAGUUAAGGAAAGAACUGAAGGAGAGGGAAGAAGCAGCCAUGCUCCAAAGCCUCACCUCGGCCCACGUGGUCCUCGCAACCAACACCGGUGCUUCUUCUGAUGGCCCUUUAAAAUUGCUGCCCGAGAGCUACUUUGACGUGGUCGUCAUCGAUGAGUGUGCCCAGGCCCUGGAAGCAAGCUGCUGGAUUCCUUUGCUGAAGGCCAGGAAGUGCAUCCUGGCUGGGGAUCACAAACAGCUGCCUCCCACCGUCAUCUCGCACAAGGCCGGGCUGGCGGGGCUGUCGCUCAGCCUGAUGGAGCGCCUGGCGGAGCAGCACGGUGAGCGUGCAGUGCGCCUGCUGACGGUGCAGUACCGCAUGCAUGACGCCAUCUCGCAGUGGGCCUCCGAGGCCCUGUACGGCGGGCAGCUCACCGCACACCCCUCUGUGGCCCAGCACCUCCUGAGGGACCUCCCAGGAGUGGCCCCCACGGAGGAGACGGCCGUGCCCCUGCUGCUCAUCGACACUGCCGGCUGCGGGCUCUUUGAACUGGACGAGGAGGAGGAGCAGUCGAGAGGGAACCCAGGUGAGGUCCGCCUUGUCAGCCUGCACGUCCAAGCUCUGGUGGAUGCCGGCGUCCCGGCCCGUGACAUCGCUGUCAUCACGCCGUACAACCUCCAGGUGGACCUGCUCCGGCAGAGCCUUGCCCACAGGUACCCCGAGCUGGAAAUGAAGUCGGUCGACGGCUUCCAGGGGCGAGAGAAGGAGGCUGUGAUACUGUCCUUCGUCAGGUCCAACAGGAAAGGUGAAGUUGGCUUUCUUGCUGAGGACCGGCGCAUCAACGUGGCUGUCACCCGCGCGCGCCGCCACGUGGCAAUUGUCUGUGACUCGCGCACCGUCACCAACCACGCGUUUCUGAAGACCUUGGUGGGCUACUUCACGGAGCACGGGGAAGUGCGCACGGCUUUUGAGUACCUCGAUGACAUCGUGCCCGAGAACUACUCCCAUGAGAGCGCCCAGGGCCCGGCAGGCGUGAAGGCCCAGGGCUCGGCCCCGGAGAUGAAGAGGCCUCCGUGCAGUGGGCAGCAGACGGGAGGCCAGGCCGCCAGAGCUGCCAGACUGGACCAGAAGAAGCUGGAUGCUAAGCCUUCGGGCUCUGAAGCCCCUUCUCAGCCCAGCCUAAAUGGGGGUGGUCUGGAGCCAGUGGAGGGAAGAGACAACGAGGACCACUUCAGGGCUAUGAUCACGGCGUUUGUGGCGAGCGAGGAGACAAGGCUGGAGUUUCCUGCUUCCUUGAAUGCCCAUGACAGGAUGCGGGUCCAUCAGAUCGCUGAGGAGAUGGGGCUGAGGCACAGCAGCUCUGGGGAGGGCAGGGGGCGGCGUGUGACUGUGAGCAAGAGUACCGGCCCCGCCUUGCUGCCCUCCAGCCCCCCGCAGGCCAAGCGCUCCCCUAGCCCUCUGCAGGCUGAGCCUCCCCCCACCCCCACUCAGGCUGAGCGUCCCUCUAGCCCCCUGCCGGCUGAGCAUCCCCCCCUUCCUGUACGUGCCAAGCAUCCCCCCAGCCCCACACAGGCCGAGCACCCCCGCAGUGAGCUGAGCAGUAGCGGCGGCCGCGGCGGGGACCCGCUGGACCUGAAGGCACUGCACCUGGAACGGCUGCAGAGGGAGGCGGGCCGGUGGGAGCAGCUGGCCACGAAGGGGCAGGCGGGCGUGGGGACGCGGAGGCUGUCAGAGAAGAAAAAGAGGAAAGAAGGAAAAGGGCACACCGCCAGAGCCUUACCCGUGGAGGAGGACUUCGACGCCCUGGUUUCUGCUGCCAUUAGGGCUGACAACACCUGUGGCUUUGCCAAGUGCUCGGCCAGUGUCGUGACCCUGGGCCAGCUCUGUCCGCACUGCAGCCGCCGGUACUGCCUCAGCCACCACCUGCCCGAGGUCCAUGGCUGUGGAGAGCGGGCACGUGCCCAUGCCCGGCAGAGGAUCAGCCGAGAGGGUGUGCUCUACGCAGGCAGCGGGACCAAGGACAGGACCCUGGACCCCGCCAGGAGGGCACAGCUGCAGAGGCGGCUGGACACCAAGCUGGAUGCCCUGACUAGCCAGAGGAAGAGCAAAAGGAAAGACAAGGAGAAGUGACAGACGGGCUCCAUGCGGCCCCCAGGGUGUCUGUCUGCAGUGUGGGUAGGGGUGAGGGGCUGCCCCCAAUAGGUUACACUGUACAGCCUCAUCUCUGCUCACUGGGCCUUGAGGGGGAGGUGUCCUGUGGGGGGACUGCUGGGCUUUUGGACCCCAGUAGUAAGCUCUACUGACAUGACAAAAGGGGGAAAAUACCUUCAGAGGAAAAUAGAGCCAUUGACCCUUGACCGUCUCUGCUCGAUGUGGGGCAGACCGGGAAGUGUGUGCCCCCGACACCAAUUCUUGCCCUGGUACCCAGUGCCUUCUCCACCACCAGUCAAAAGAGAAACCCCAGCCUCUGGAUCCUCAAAGCUCUCCCAGGGGCGCCUGGAAGGUUCCACCACCUUGGAGAUCUGCCUUGGCCUGAAGCCUGUGAGAGUGACACCCACUGUCACAGCCCACUAGGGUCAGGCACCUAAAGGUAACAAGGAGCCCAGGCUUGUUAGCGGGCAUGCAGGUGUGUCAUGAGAACGUUUCAGCACUUCUCCUUCACAGUCCAAGGCCAUCUUGCAUCAGUCUGUCUGUCUUCCUGGUGCUGCUGGGACUCCUUCCUGGAUGUCCUACAGUGCUGCAGACAGCCUGCCCCCCCCGCCUGCUCAGAGUCUGGAGGGUCUUGGGUGCCUCAGCAACGUUCUCCCUGGUCCCCAAGGGUCCCUGGCUCUGUGCCUGCACAUGCCCACCCUCUGCUCGGGACGCGGCAUGGGGAAGCCUGGAUGUGGCUGCCCUAGGUAAGCGGCCCGGGAAAGCCUCCAGAGUCCGCGCUGGUGACACCUGCAAACCCAGAGGCGGGCAGAGAUGUCCUCCUUGCUCUCUGCCAGCUUUUGCUGAAGAAAAACUCAGGGGAGGCAUUAUCUUAGUCUCAGGUUGUUAUUUGUUUCAAAGGGAUAUAAAUUAUUUAAAAUAAAAACAUAUGCAUCAUCCACGGUAUACUUGUUAACGUGUCUGAAAGGAACCUUCUUCCUUUUGCCCAAGGUGUCACUUUAUUGAAUGGCUGACGAGCGAAGGUUUGCUCCACAUUCUCAGGGCGUCAGACAGCCUCCGUGAUGCUCCGAGCAGGGGCAGGGGCUGCCGGCCUGCCGGCUGGGGAGUUCUUGUUAACAGAUGACUGGGAGAAGGAAGAAAGCAUCGCUGUUUUGCUUCUGGCUUUCCUACCAACCAGAAUGAAGGUUUCAAAUUGGACUUU